AUGUCGAACCAGCAACAAGGAGCCUAUGAUAGUGGUGGUGGUGGUAUGCCUCCCGGUACCAUGGGUGGUCUAGUUCACUCGGUCGAUUCGUACUUGAACGAAAUGGCAACCCAUCCUUCAGGCCACAUUGUUCCUCAACCUCGUGGUCAAUCCUUGCAGCAUCGUCCUCCCGUCAAUGACUAUGGUCAUCAGCAGAGUAAUGCGCAAUAUGGAUAUUAUGAUUAUGGACAUCAAAUGCCACGUCAGGAUACGGCCAUGUAUGACCGUAGCAUGAUGGAGAACACUGCAAGCAAUGGACAUUAUAGAAGCGGGUCUUAUGGUGCUAGUACGGAUAUGCGGAUGGAUGGUGGUUAUGGAUACGGUGGCUAUGGCAACAACAACAACCCAGCCAUGUAUGGUCAAAACUACAGCUAUCCUACUACGACUACGCAAGGCGGUGGUGCUGGUAACAAUUAUGGGAUGCCACAAUACCCACCUCAGCAUUUGGUGGAUGGUCCAAGCGGCGUUGUGCCUGCACACAGCUCACCUCCAGUCGCAUCAGCACAACCCGAAUAUCCCAUUCAUCGUUCUCCUCCAGCUUCACCUACAGCUCGCCACUCUUAUCAGCAAAUGAUGAUGCAUCAACAGCAGCAGCAGAUGCAAAUGCAAAUGCAAUAUCAGCAACCGCAACCCUCUUAUUCACAACCCGCACCUCCACAACAACAGCCGCCUCAGCCAUUGUCAUCCUCCUCCUCUACAGGUCAUGCGUCACGUCCAUCAUCGCAAGAUUAUGCGCGAUCCACUACUACGAAUACUACCACCAUGCAUCGACGUAAUCAUUCAUCAGCCAAAAUGAUCAACACUAUUGAACGACCAAAGUACGCUAUACCCUCUGCCAUUGAUACAUCACAAACUGGAGCUGAUGGUGAUGAAGUGCCAUUUGUUGCCGUUUCUCCGAUUUCCAGUGACGAUGAAGAUGAUGAUUAUCCUCCCGUUGUCACUCAGCAGCAACAUCAACAACAACAGCAACCUCCACCUCCUCCACCUCCUCAUCCUUAUCCAUCAACCACAUUCAGUUCCGAAACACAAGAGGAAGAGGAUGUAUUACAACAACAUCAACCACCUCCACCCCCACCUCGUUUCUCACUUGCUCAACCCGAGGCUCAAGAACAUGUCGAGCAACAACAACAAGAACGUCUAAAGCCAACGCACAAUCGUUAUUCGUCCUUAUCACUUGAAGUCAAUGUUGAUUAUUCGAUCCUUACCGAACUUUCAACAGCGUUCAAGAAUCGAAUGAAACGUAUCACCAAUGUGCGCGAGGUGAAAAGUUCCAAUGAGUACCCCGAGUCUUUUAGUGGUCAGGAAGCAAUUUCUUUACUACAAGAGAUUUUGACCAGCAAAAACAUACCAGAGGGUUAUUGUGUGCUUAUUGCCAAUGCCUUGAUGAAUUGCUCUCCACCCUUGUUCCAGCCCAUCCGCCAGAAUUACAAGUCUCUUAUUACCAACGAGGUGUACAACUCUUCGGACCAGUUUUAUACGUUUGAUGAGGAUCUCGCGGAUAAUGAACUUCCUGUGGGUAUCUUUACUUCCUUGAGCCAAUGCUACACCUACAAUUGCUUGCCUGGUCAAGGUGGUUGCUAUGCCCCUCGAUGUCCAAACAAACCUGAUGUAUUUGAGGAGGAUAUUAUGUCUCAAGCCGUGUUGGCACGACGUCCUUCGGAUCCUACAUUAUCCCCAGUGGAUGACACCAAGACAUUCCCACAUACAGCAUGGGCUGAACGUGUCCCAAGAGAACUUUUGGAAAACACGCCAAAACGUGAACGAGAUCGACAAGAGGCUAUCAAUGAAAUGAUUUAUUCCGAAGAGGUGUAUCGUAGCGAUUUGGAUACAUUACGUGAUGUCAUUGUGGAGCCCUUGCGUAGAUCCAAUGUGAUUAGUGAAAGUCGACGUGGGCACUUUAUCAAGUCCGUAUUCCAAAACUUUGAGACGUUGCGAGAGCUUAGCGAUACGUUGUUCAAGAAGCUAUUGGAUUUGCAACGCAAAUACGAGGGCAAAUGUAUUCCUGGCAUUGGUGAUAUUCUGGUGGAUGAGUUCAAGUAUUAUUCGGAUCCAUACACGACCUACACACCCAAUGUGCCAUUAGCCGAAUAUCUCGUUGCCGUGGAGAAGCAGCGUAAUCCCGAGUUUGCACGCUUUAUUGCUGAUUGUGAGAAGCAUGAACGUUUCCGACGCUUGGCAUUCCGGCACUUUUUGUUGAAUCCAGUGACACGUAUGCAGCGCUAUCCGUUGUUAUUGCAAGCCAUUAUCAAGAAAACGGAUGAGGACCAUAUUGAUCGUCGCUACCUUUUGAAUUGUAAGGAGAUGAUUCAAGCCAUUGCAUCACGUUCGGAUAUGCAGACGGCGGCUGUCAAGCAACAAGUGGAGAUUCUUAGCAUCAACGACGUCUUAACUUGCAAGCCUGGUGAAUUACAUGAUGUCCAAUUAACCGAUCCACAACGUCGUCUUUAUCAUCGAGGUGAUCUUAAGCGUCGUGCGCAGGCCAUUGAAGUGACUGAAAAGUCCGACAUCCAUGCCUUUGUAUUUGACCACAUGUUGCUCAUGACCAAGGUACGCAAGGGUAGCCAUGGCGAUACCGAAUACCGGAUUUGGAAACGGCCAAUUCCAAUGCAGAUGCUCUUUGUUCAAUCGCUUGGAGGUGAUUAUUAUGGCAGCACAACGACCACCACAGCUACUUCCACCAGCUCCACUUCGGCUACGCUUACCUCUACUUCUUCCGCUACAGCAGCAGCAGCCCUUGCAUCAUCUUCCUCAGCCACUACACCCACACCUGCUAUGGUGUCACUCACCCUUCAACAUCUCGGUCAUCGUGAUGGUAUUUAUCACUUUUUCGUUGCAUCCCAUGAAGAAAAGCAGCAGUGGAUUCGUGCUAUUGAGGAAGCAAAGACGGCGUUACGUAAACGACAAGGCGACAAUGAUGUUUUUGAAGUGCGUACGCUUGAUGAUGCCUCUUUCCGAUACUUUGGCUCGGUGGCAGGUCAAGGUCGUAUCAGCUGUUCGGUGCCUUUUGUAUCCAUGACAGGUGAACGCAAGAUUGUGAUUGGAACAGAUGCUGGUGUCUUUAUCAAGACCGAAGGUCAAUCAUCGGUUCGCCCAGUCCUCUCAUGUGAUAAUGUGACCCAAGUCGCGGUCAUGGAACGCCAUCACAUUUUGCUGGUGCUUACAGACAAGGUGCUUAAGGCUUACUCUAUUGAUGCACUUGAUGCUCCUAAGAGCACACGUAACUCGGACCGUGCCUAUGAAGUGGCCCAAAAUGUGAAUUUCUUCCAAGUGGGAUUCUGUAACUACAAGGAUUUGGUGGUAUACAAGAAGAAAAAGAGCACAAGCAGUGUCUUUGUCGCUUUGGAGCCGGUGUGCAAUAUGCGUGAUGCCAAGAGUGAAAAGUUGUUUACGCAACGAACGGGCUUGUUUUCAAGCCGUGGAUCAGGCCCAUCAUGGUUUAAGCUUUACAAGGAAUUCUAUGUUGGUGCCGAAGCAAGCAAUAUCCACUUUUUGAAAUCCAAAGUGAGCGUGGUCGUCGAAUCCAGAGGUUUUGAAAUCAUUGAUCCCGAGAAUUUGGUGGUUGGUGGUCGCAACAUCCCUGAUAGUGCCGAUCCACAAUUCAAUUUUAUCCAACGUCAUGCUGAACCUCUCAAACCAUUGGCAAUGUACCGUAUCCAGGACAAAUUCCUACUGUGCUAUAAUCGAUUUGCGUUCUAUGUCAACAAUCGAAAUGGUUCCUUAGUGCAACGGGGUGCUGGAAAGUCCUCCAUUUUAUGCGAAUGGAACGGUUCACCCGAUCAUAUUGUGUAUCAGCAUCCAUAUAUCCUUGCUGUAGAUCAGCAAUUCAUUGAAAUCCGUCAUGUGGACACGGGUGAAUUGGUCCAAAUCAUCAAGGGUGACAAUUUACGUCUUACUCAUUACAAUGGUGGAGAAACACCCAUCAUCCACGGCUGCAUGACCCAUUCCCAAAGACCUGACAUGCAACAUUUGUUCCAACUAUGUCUCAGCAACCAGCAUAACCAACGCGCCAAUAGCGGUCGUAGAUCAAUGCGUUGA